UAUACCAUUCGAGGAUCACAUGUUCGUGUCGAGUUACACCUGUUUGUUUUUAAUAAAAUAAAAAUAUGGGAAAGGCUAAGAAAAUUAAAGUAUCUGCAGGAGAAAAAAGAUCCAAAGUAGGAUUAGCAGAGCAAAUAGAAGGAGAGAAGAUUGUUAUAACAAAAAAUAGACAAAAAAAUAGAAAUCGCAAUGAAGACGAUGAAGAGUAUGUCGAUUCUACUCUUACCAAAAAAAUCUUGCUGCAAGCAAGGAAACAACAAAUGGAAAUUGAAGAAGAGAACAAUGAGGGUCAGGUACCAAAUUCUAUGAAAAAACCAUUGACAAAACUUGGUGUUGACUUUAGUGAUGAUGAAAAUGAAUCCAGUGAGGAUGAUGUUGGAGAUACUUAUUAUUUUGGAAACUUAGAGGUCAAUGAAGAAGAUGAACGUGCAUUGGAAAAAUUUAUGACUAAAGAUCCAGUACCGAUGAGGACAUUAGCCGAUAUUAUUAUGGAAAAAUUAACAGAAAAGAAAACAGAAAUAGAAACUCAAUUCUCUGAUGCGGGUACCUUGCAAAUGCAAGAAUUAGAUCCAAGAGUUAAAGUAAUGUAUCAAGGAGUCAGAGACGUAUUGGCUAAAUAUCGUAGCGGUAAAUUGCCAAAAGCUUUUAAAAUAAUUCCGACUUUAAGAAACUGGGAACAAAUUCUUUACAUCACUGAACCACCUAGGUGGUCUGCCGCAGCCAUGUAUCAAGCAACAAGAAUCUUCGCAUCCAAUCUUAAAGAAAAAAUGGCUCAAAGAUUUUUUAAUCUCGUUCUCUUACCACGUAUUAGAGAUGAUUUAGCAGAAUACAAAAAACUUAAUUUUCAUUUGUAUCAGGCAUUGAGAAAAGCCUUGUUUAAGCCCGCUGGCUUUAUGAAAGGAAUAUUACUUCCUCUUUUAGAAUCUGGUACAUGUACGCUAAGAGAAGCAGUUAUUAUCAGCUCGGUGAUAGCUAAAAAUUCUAUUCCAAUGUUACAUUCGUCUGCUGCGAUGUUAAAAAUCGCAGAAAUGGAUUAUACCGGUGCUAACAGUAUUUUUCUGAGAAUAUUUUUAGACAAAAAAUAUGCACUUCCCUACAGAGUAGUAGAUGGUCUCGUGUUUCACUUUUUAAGAUUUGAAAGGGAUAAAAGAGAAUUACCAGUACUAUGGCAUCAAGCAUUUUUGACCUUCGUACAACGUUACAAAAGUGACAUAAGUUCAGAACAAAAAGAAGCCUUGUUAAAUUUAUUAAAAAAACAGUCGCAUCAUACUAUUACACCUGAAAUACGAAGAGAAUUACAAAAUGCAAAAUGCAGAGACGUAGAAAUGACUGAACCUACUACAGAGCCUAUGAAGGGGGUAGAGGUAGAAACUAUGUCAUAUCAAGAUUAGAUUAAUUUUAUCUGAUAUUACAAUAAAUUUAAUAAACACUGUGUAAAAAUUUAUUAACA